AUGGCUCAUGCUUUGGAAAAUCAACCGAACAUGGGUGAGAAUGCUGGAUCUCACAGUUUGGCUACCUUCCAGAGAGAGAACCACCAGUCUUCAAGGGAGUUCCUGAGGAAGUACUUUCGUGAGGUUGUUCGUGGCAAGAAAGAAAUCGAGUUCCUUGAGCUGAAACAAGGAAGCACGUUGGUCACUGCUUACGAUGUUAAGUUUGGCGAACUUGCUAAGUUCUAUCAGCAUUAUGAUGGACCAAAUGGAGAAUUCUCGAAGUGCAUCAAGUUUGAUAACGGGUUGCGCCCAAAGAUUAAGAAGGCUAUUAGCUAUCAGAAUAUUCGAGUAUUUGCUGAUUUGGUGGAUAGUUGUCGAAUCUAUGAGGAAGACAACACUGCUCAUUGUAAGAUGAUCAGUGAGAAGAGGAAUAAGAAUCACCAGAACCGUGGCAAGUCGUAUGAUGCUCCAACUGGCAAGGGUAAACCGAAAUUUGCUGAAGGCCGUCAGGGCCAGAGAUCUAGUGGGGAAGAUGCUCCUGCUAAUGUGACUUGUUUCAAAUGUGGGAAACCUGGGCAUAAUAGUAAUGUGUGCACUACCGAAGUGAAGAGGUGUUUUCGUUGCGGAAAAUUUGGACAUGCACUGUCAAAGUGCAAGCACAAGGAAGUGAUUUGCUUCAACAUUGAUGAGGAGGGACACAUUAGUAGUCUGUGUCAAAAACCGAUGAAGGCGUAA